UGGACAAAAUGGGCGAACAGCACCUCGGCGGCCGCUAUGAACAGCCACCACCCCCGCAGCCGCCUCAGGGAGGAGGAGGAGGAGGAGGCGCCGUGGCUGUCCCCUCCGCGGCGGAGUUUAAUAGCUAUUACGGAAACCCAGGAGGAGGAGGAGGAGGAGGGAACAGUAGUGGCGGCUCUUCCUCCUCCUCCUCUUCUUCUUCCUCCUCCUCCUCCUCGAGCCGGGCCUUUGAUCAACAUGGCGGACAACAAAGCCCCGGGAUGGGGCUCCUAAUGCACCCCGCGAACCCCAUGGAUCCCCUGCCCAACUCCCACGAAGCCUACGCCAACAGCCACUACAACCACUACGCCUACGGCCGCCCGGCAGGAGCAGGAGGCGGCGGCGGCGGCGGAGGAGCCUCGCUAGGAGCGGGGGGAGGCUAUGGGGGGCCCUCUUCCUCGGCUUCUUCGGCCCCCUCCUCCUUCGGGGCCCUGGGCUCCCCUCGGCAGCCUCCUCAGGGGAUGAUGGUCGGGGGCCUGGGCAAGCCUCCUGCUCCUCCUCCGGGCUUCCAGCGCUUCUCGGCCCAAGCCCCGCAGCAGCAGCACCCGGCCUCGGGGGCCACGCCAACCUUGAACCAGCUGCUCACCUCUCCCAGCCCCAUGAUGAGGAGCUACGGAGGGUACCCCGACUACGCCAGCCCCGCCGCUGCCCCCUCGCAGCCUCAGCCGCCGCCGCCGCCUCCUCCUCCUCCUCCGCCGCCGCCUCAGGGAGGAGCAGGGGCCCCCGCCCCAGGGAGCCAGCCCUCCGCCGCCGCCGCCGCCGCCUUGGGACUAGGCCUCGGGGCCAAGGAGGCAGCCGCGGCGCUGGGCCAGUACGGAGCGGGCAGCCCGGCUUGGGCGGCAGCGGCAGCGGCAGCGGCGGCACAACAACAAAGAGGCCACCCGGCCAUGAGUCCCGGGAACAGCGGGCAGAGCCUCGGGAGGAGCCAGGGCAACCCAAUGGAUCCAAUGGUAAUGAAAAGGCCUCAGUUGUUUGCAGUUGGCAACAGCCCUCACACCCAGACUCAGCCAAGCAGUCCGUAUCCAGGGCAGUCAUAUGGACCUCCAGGACCACAGCGGUUUUCAAUGGGAAUGCAGGGCCGGACUUCAGGUUCCAUGGGAGGGAUGCAGUACCCACAGCAACAGAUUCCACCCCAAUAUGGUCCACAAGGUGUAAGUGGUUACUGCCAACAGCCAUAUUACAACCAACAGCCACAACCUCAGCACUUGCCUCCCCAGGCCCAGUAUCUGUCGCAGGCCCAGCAGAGAUAUCAGACCCAGCAGGAACUGUCUCAGGAGGGCUAUGGAACCAGGUCCCAACCCCCUAUCACCCAAGGCAAGCCCAAUCAUGAAGAAAUGAACCUGAUCCAGCAAGAGAGACCGUCAAGCUUACCCGUUGAAGUCUUGGCCUCCGAAGAUACUUCAUUUGGACUCAAGGAUUUAUCGGGCUCCAUUGAUGACCUGCCUACAGGAACUGAAGCAGCACUGAGUUCAGCAGUUAGUGCAUCAGGUUCUACAAGCAGUCAAGGAGAGCAGAGCAACCCAGCACAGUCACCUUUCUCCCCACAUGCCUCCCCACAUCUGUCCAGCAUUCCUGGGGGCCCUUCCCCUUCCCCUGUGGGUUCUCCUGUUGGAAGCAACCAGUCAAGAUCUGGUCCCAUUUCUCCUGCAAGUAUACCAGGUAGCCAGAUGACAUCCCAGACUCCUGGUAGCCAGUCAGAAUCUGGAUCCCAUCCUGCUUUGAGCCAGUCCCCGAUGCCCCAGGACCGAGGUUUCAUGGCAGGCAUCCAGAGAAAUCCUCAGUUGUCUCAAUAUGCAUCUCAACAAUCUGGACCUUCCAUGUCCCCACAUCCUUCCCCUGGAGGCCAGAUGCAUUCUGGAAUUGGUGGCUUUGCACAGAGUAAUUCCAGUGGUACUUAUGGAACUCAGAUGAGCCAGUAUGGGCCACAAGGAAACUACUCCAGACAGCCAUCGUACUCUGGAGUGACCAACACAAGUUACAGUGGCCCAGGACCAGGUAUGGGUAUCAAUGCCAGCAGCCAGAUGCAUGGACAGGGGCCAGGCCAGCCUUGUGGGACCAUACCUCUGGGACGAAUGCCAUCAGCUGGAAUGCAGAGCAGACCAUUUCCUGGAAAUAUGAACAGUAUGGCCCCAAGUUCUCCAGGGAUGUCUCAGCAGGGAGGCCCAGGGAUGGGACCACCCAUGCCAACUGUGAACCGUAAGGCACAAGAGGCAGCUGCAGCAGUGAUGCAGGCGGCUGCAAACUCCGCCCAGAGCAGGCCACCAUACAUUAGGUCACCUGCUUAUCCCAGCCAGUCUGGGGCUGGCGGACGCCCCAUGUUUUCUUCACAGCAUCCCAACUAUGGCAGCGCUCAGGCUCCCAUGAUGCAUCAGCCUGACCAAUACGGGCAAGGCAGUUUUCCUGUCAUCAAUCAGAGCGGCAUUAUGGGAACCAGCUCUCCCUACACCCAGCCAAUGAACAACAACUCAAGCCUGAUGAACCCUCAAGCUUCACCUUACAGCAUGGCACCUAACAUGGUGAACAGUUCCACAGCACCAAUGGGUCUUGCAGAUAUGAUGACUCCUGGUGAGUCUAAACUGCCCAUUCCUCUCAAGCCAGAUGGCAAAGAAGAAGGUCCUCCUCAGUCCGAGAGCAAAAAGGAUAGCUACAGCUCUCAGGGUAUUUCUCAGCCCCCAACCCCAGGCAACCUGCCAGUCCCUUCCCCAAUGUCCCCAAGUUCUACUAGCAUCUCCUCAUUUCAUGGAGAUGAGAGUGAUAGCAUUGGCAGCCCAGGCUGGCCAAAGACUCCAUCAAGCCCUAAAUCAAAUUCCUCCACCACAACUGGAGAGAAGAUCACAAAAAUGUAUGAACUUGGAAAUGAACCCGAGCGCAAAAUGUGGGUAGAUCGGUAUCUCAGCUUCAUGGAAGAGAGAGGAACACCUGUUGCCAGUCUCCCUGCUGUAGGCAAGAAGCCACUGGAUCUUUUCAGGCUCUAUGUCUGUGUUAAGGAGAUUGGAGGUUUAGCCCAGGUCAAUAAAAAUAAAAAGUGGCGUGAGCUAUCAACCACCCUUAAUGUCGGAACGUCAAGCAGUGCAGCCAGUUCCCUCAAAAAACAAUAUAUACAGUACUUGUUUGCCUUUGAAUGCAAAAUUGAAAGAGGAGAGGAGCCCCCUCCCGAAGUUUUUACUACUGGAGAUACUAAGAAACAACCCAAGAUUCAACCGCCAUCUCCUGCUAAUUCCGGUUCACUUCAAGGUCCUCAGACCCCUCAAUCUACCGGUAGCAAUUCCAUGACAGAAGUGCCAGGUGACCUCAAGCCUCCAACACCAGCAUCUACUCCCCAUGGGCAGAUGACACCUAUGCAGGGCAGCAGAAAUAGUUCUGUUAGUGUACAUGAUCCAUUUUCGGAUGUAAGUGAUUCCACAUUCCCAAAGCGAAACUCCAUGACCCCAAAUGCACCCUAUCAGCAGACGAUGAAUAUGCCAGAUAUGAUGGGAAGAAUGCCCUAUGAACCGAACAAGGACCCUUUCGGUGGAAUGAGAAAAGUGCCUGGAAACAGUGAACCCUUCAUGACCCCUGGACAAAUGCCCAACAGUGGAAUGCAAGACAUAUACAACCAAGCUCCCUCUGGAGCAAUGUCAAAUAUGGGCAUAGGCCAGCGCCAGCAGUUUUCUUAUGGAAGUGGCUAUGACCGAAGGUCGGAUCAUGGGCUGGGUCCUGAAGGCAGUAUGGGAGCACCUGGUCAAAGCAACAUGUUGCCUUCAAACAGUGACCCAAGCAUGUACCCUCCCAACCGUUACCCUGGGCAGCAAAGGCAUGAACCAUAUGGACAGCAGUAUCCUGGGCAAGCACCUCCUGCAGGACAGCCACCCUAUGGAGGACACCAGCCUGGAAUGUUUCCACAGCAGCAGAACUACAAACGCCAUAUGGAUGGCAUGUAUGGGCCUCCAGCAAAACGCUCUGACGGAGAUAUGUUUAACAUGCCAUAUGGCAACCAACAGCAGGAUAUGUUUAACCAGUAUAGCAGUGCUUAUUCUGGACCAGACAGGAGGCCCUUACAGGGACAAUAUCCAUAUCCUUAUAACAGAGAGAGGAUGCAGGGUCCAGCACAAAUGCAACAACAUGGAAUACCUCCUCAGAUGAUUGGUGGCCCUAUGCAGUCAUCAGCCUCCAGUGAAGGCCCCCAACAGAACAUGUGGUCAACAAGGAAUGAUAUGUCUUAUCCAUAUCAGAGCAGGCAAGGCACAGGAGGCCCUGCCCAGGCCCCACCCUAUCCAGGGAUGAACCGUAAUGAAGAUAUGAUGGUACCUGACCAGAGGAUAAACCACGAAAACCAGUGGCCUUCUCAUGUCAACCAGCGUCAGCCUUCUUAUAUGUCAUCCUCCGCCUCCAUGCAGCCUAUCACUCGACCUCCUCAAUCAUCUUACCAGACGCCACCAUCAAUGCCAAAUCACAUCUCUCGGGCUCCAAGCCCUGCAUCUUUCCCACGCUCCCAUGAAAAUCGCAUGUCUCCAAGUAAAUCCCCUUUUCUCCCCUCUAUGAAGAUGCCGAAGGUUAUGCCCACUGUUCCAGUCCCACAGACCGCAGGGCCUCCAACCCAGCCACCACCAGUUAGGCGAGAAAUAACAUUUCCACCCGGCUCCAUAGAAGCAUCACAACCAGUCUUGAAACCAAGACGAAAGAUUACCUCAAAAGAUAUUGUGACUCCUGAGGCCUGGCGAGUGAUGAUGUCUCUUAAAUCAGGCCUUCUUGCUGAAAGUACCUGGGCAUUAGACACUAUUAAUAUCCUUCUGUAUGAUGACAGUACUGUUGCUACUUUCAAUCUCUCUCAGUUAUCUGGUUUUCUUGAGCUUUUGGUGGAAUAUUUUAGAAAAUGUCUCAUUGACAUUUUUGGGAUCCUAAUGGAGUACGAAGUGGGACAUCCAGGACCAAAACUACAAGAUUCAGCUCAGAAACAGGACAGCCAAACUGCAACGCAAGAUGCCAGAAAAGAGGAAGAAAACAAUGAUGAAUGUAUUGAUUAUUUUGCUGAAUUUGAGGAUGAGGAAGAGGAUGAAAAUGAAAAUGAAAACACUGAAGAAGAGAAGAGCACUGUUCUUGCCCCACCUGGUGACACUGUUGAUCCAAGUGAGAGGCCAAAACAAGCCAGUAAGUUUGACAAGCUGCCAAUAAAAAUUGUAAAGAAAAAUAAUCUAUUUGUUGUUGACCGCUCUGACAGACUGGGACGUGUUCAGGAAUUCAACAGUGGACUUCUCCACUGGCAGCUAGGUGGGGGUGAUACAACUGAACACAUCCAGACCCACUUUGAGAGUAAGAUGGAGAUUCCUCCUCGAAGGAAACCGCCUUCUCCAUUGAACUCUUCAAGUAAAAAGAGGAACCUGGAGGGGAAAAGAGAAUCUGAAGAACAGCAAGAGAAAAGCAUAUCAGCUACCAUUGAUGAUGUCUUGUCAGCUCGUCCAGGGGCAUUAUCUGAAGAGUCAGAUUCCAGUUCUCAGACAGAUAGCAGUAAAUUUCCAUUUGGAAUCCAUCAAGCCAAAAGUCAUCGGAAUAUCAAACUGCUAGAAGAUGAGCCACGGAGUCGAGACGAGACACCUCUAUGCACCAUAAGCCACUGGCAGGACUCUCUGGCCAAGCGUUGCAUCUGUGUGUCAAAUAUUGUCCGCAGCUUGUCUUUUGUGCCUGGCAAUGAUGCUGAAAUGUCAAAACAUCCAGGCUUGGUGCUGAUCUUGGGAAAGCUGAUCCUUCUCCAUCAUGAGCACCCAGAAAGAAAACGUGCACCACAGACAUAUGAAAAAGAAGAAGAGGCGGACAAAGGGGUGGCCUGCAGCAAGGAUGAGUGGUGGUGGGACUGCCUUGAGGUCUUGAGGGAUAAUACAUUGGUCACAUUAGCCAACAUUUCUGGGCAGCUAGACUUAUCUGCUUACACAGAAAGCAUCUGUUUGCCAAUUUUGGAUGGCUUACUGCACUGGAUGGUGUGCCCAUCGGCAGAGGCACAGGAUCCUUUUCCAACUGUGGGGCCUAAUUCAGUCCUUUCGCCUCAGAGACUUGUACUGGAAACCCUAUGUAAACUCAGUAUCCAAGACAAUAAUGUGGACCUUAUCUUGGCUACCCCCCCAUUCAGUCGUCAGGAGAAACUCUAUGCUACUUUAGUUAGGUACGUUGGGGACCGCAAAAAUCCAGUCUGCCGAGAAAUGUCCAUGGCACUCUUAUCGAACCUUGCACAGGGGGACACAUUAGCGGCAAGGGCAAUAGCUCUGCAAAAGGGAAGCAUCGGAAAUUUGAUAAGCUUCCUUGAAGAUGGGGUCACUAUGGCCCAGUACCAGCAGAGCCAGCAUAACCUCAUGCACAUGCAGCCUCCACCUCUAGAACCACCUAGUGUAGACAUGAUGUGCAGGGCAGCCAAGGCUUUGCUGGCCAUGGCUCGGGUGGAGGAGAACCGUUCAGAGUUCCUUUUGCACGAGGGCCGUUUGCUGGAUAUCUCAAUAUCUGCUGUCCUGAACUCUCUGGUUGCAUCUGUUAUCUGUGAUGUACUUUUUCAGAUUGGGCAGUUAUGACAUAAGUGAGAAGCCAAGCAUGUGUGAGUGGAGAUUAGAGGGUCACAUAUAACUGGCUGUUUUCUGUACCUGUUUAUCCAGUGUAGGGAGAAGGAAAAAAGAAUCUUUGCUCCUUUGCCCCAUUCACUAUUUACCAAUUGGGAAUUUAAAAAUAUUAAUUUGAACAUUUAUGGAAUUAAUAUUUGCUGUCUAUGUGUAUAAGUACAUCUUUUUAUUUUAUUUUUUUAACCAAAGUCUCUGUCUUCAAAGGUCACAUUUCUUUUUCAUAGAUAUCCUUUCCAAUUUUUCCCAUGUUUGUAUCACAUUCUUUUGAGAGGGAAGCAAACCAGAUAUUGGGAGUUAAAAUGUUGCAAAAGAUUAAUUGAUUGUUGAGGGGGGGGGAGGCUCAGUGCUCUGAAGUGCAAAAGUGAAAACAAAAAUACUAGGUUAACUGUGUGUUUUAUUUUUCAAGAAUGAAAGAAAACCCAGCCACCCUUUAUGCCGUUGCCCAAAGCGCUCUGUGCAAUAGAAGAAUGUUAGUGAUGUAGGUGUAGCGGAUCAAGGAAGGGGGUUGGUCCGUAGUCUGCAUAUGAAAUUACCUUGGUUUCUCUGCAGGAGAAUGGUUACAUUAGGCCAGGAGCAAAACAAAUUCUUUAGGGAAGUUAAAACACAACCUGAAGACGAUCAAUGCGAAUUGCUUCCUCACCAGAACUGUCACAUCAGUAUCUAUUGUUUGACCUUCCACAAUGACAGUUCUUCACAAUUCCUUUUAAUCAUUUUUUAAAUAUUUUUAUUGCCUAAAGGCAGUGAUGUAUAUAGAAGUUGUACAUUGAGCAUACCCUCAUCUUUUUUUAAAAUAAGUACAAGGAUUUCUUUUUUUCAUGAUGUGGUAAAUACAAAGUGAUUGUAGACUUAAUUUUAUUAUUAUUAUUAUUAUUAUUAUUAUUAUUAUUAUUUUGGGCCAUGUCUCCAAAACCUAACAAACAAACAAAAAAACACCACCACGAGGGUAAUGUACAAGUUUCUGUAUGUAUAAAGUCAUGCUCUAUUUCGGAAGAGCAGUUGCUCACAACUUGCUUUAUAAAUCAAGAUGUGGAAAAUGGUUAUGUAUGGAUUGAUUUAAGAAAAUGGUUACCAGUCUACAGGAAAAAAAAAUACAUAUACAGGAAAAAAGGAAGAAACACAACUUCAAAGAUUUUUCAGUGAGAAGAAUCUGCAUUUGUAUUUCAAAAUAAUGUAGUUUCAAAAAAAGACAAAAAAACUUGAUGUAAAUUCCUCCUUUUCCUCUGGCUUAAUGAAUAUCAUUUAUUCAGUAUAAAAUCUUUAUAUGUUCCACAUGUUAAGAAUAAAUGUACAUUAAAUCUU